AAACCUUCGUUUGGACUUUACGGAACCCGGAAAACUUUUCUCUUUAGCUCGGACUCAUCUAAGCCUAUUCUCCCCUGUUCCUCAACGUUGAGCGAAGUAGGAGCAGGACUGCAGAGAGAAUUUGGAUUUCCUGUUGUUUGGUUUGGCCGCUGUGUGAUUCAGGUUCAGUUUACUGAUUCCGGGAUCUCCAGGGUUUUAGGUUUUUCGUCGCUCCUCUUGAAUUGUCUGCUGAUUGUGAACUUGGUUACCAGAGUGCGACUGGAGAUGGAGGGAGAGCAGCUAACAGAGCAGGAAACUGCUCUGUACGACCGCCAAAUUAGAGUCUGGGGCGCAGAUGCUCAGCGAAGACUUAGCAAGUCUCACAUAUUUGUCUAUGGGAUGAAAGGAACUGUUGCUGAGUUUUGCAAGAACAUUGUUUUGGCUGGAGUUGGUAGUGUGACUCUGAUGGAUGAUCGGGCUGUAACCAAUGAAGCAUUAGCCUCCAACUUUUUGAUACCACCAGAGGAGAAAGUUUACAGUGGGAAAACUCUUGCAGAGCUUUGCUGCGAUUCUUUGAAGGAGUUUAACCCAAUGGUCCAUGUUUCAGUUGAAAAAGCUGAGUUGGUAACGUUGGGUCAGCAGUUCUUUGAAAAGUUUGAUGUUGUUGUCAUAAGUAGCUGCCCUCCUGCAACUAAAAUAUUGAUCAAUGAAAAGUGUAGGAAGUUAUCCAAGCGUGUAGCAUUUUAUACCGUUGAAUGUAGGGAUUCCUGUGGUGAGAUUUUUGUCGAUUUGCAGAACUACAAGUAUAUGAAGAAAGGAAAAGCAGAUGGACCAGCUUCUGAGUGUGAACUGCGGUAUUCAAGCUUUCAGGAAGCGACUUCAGCACCUUGGGGAAGACUUCAAAGAAGAACAUCAAAGCUUUACUUUGCCAUGAGAGUGAUUGAGAGUUUCGAAGAGGCAAACGGUCGAAAUCCAGGAGUUUUCUCUGUCGAGGAUGUUCCUGCUGUAUUACAGUUAAAAAGGAAACUCUGUGAGGCGCAGUCAGUAAGUGAAUCCUUUGUACCUGAUACCCUGCUCGAGAGAUUGGUGAUUGGUUCCAUAGAAUUCCCGCCGGUUUGUGCAAUCAUAGGAGGCAUCCUUGGACAGGAGGUGAUCAAAGCAAUAUCUGGGAAAGGGGACCCUGUCAAGAAUUUCUUCUACUUUGAUGUUGUGGAUGGUAAAGGUGUGAUAGAGGACAUAUCAAGUCGGGCCCCGGAAGCCGAUUCCGCCUCCUCUAAGUCCGCCAAUAUUAUCACCCAAGUAGUUUUGGAAUAGAAGAAGAGCUUACAAUGUAGGAAAUCUGAGAAGAUGCCUGACCUUUGACGAUUUCUUUUGUAGUUUUUUCUAGACUCUAUCUAGAUAAGUUUAACCUGAUAACUAGAGAAACCAAUUGUCUUGGUGAAUGCCAGGGAAAUCGUAGCUUCUUGUUGAUACUCCUGAGUUACAAUUCAUCUAAACUCCCGUCACUUUAAAUUGGUUAAACAUUUUAACUCCCGUCACUUUGAUAUCUACUCCUUGGAAAUGUUUCUCUUCUU